UCCAGACUCAAAUAUAGCUCCCAAUCUCUCGCUUUGGACAGGAGAAAAAAACCAUGAAUGCAAUCCAACUAUAUAUGACGCCCAUGCACUUUGUUGUCUCGUGAUUGAACCAACUAGUGCCGGCCGCCUUUCACACCUCAAACACCAAGAAGAAGUUAAAAUUAUCUCGCUUCCUUGCUUGCUCUUUCCCAGUUUAAACCGGAACCUAUCAUUUGUAACUCUUCGAAACCAUAGCCCCUUUUACAUAUCAUACAUAACCGUACAAUGAAGAACGUUUCAAGAAACAGGUUCUUGCUUUGUUUUCGACCCGUUGUCGACAUGGAAGUUGUUCUCGAGUCCAAAGGUGUGGUCGAUCGGUCGGGCAUUCAAGGUUUUCCGUAUAUCCGUGUGGAAAACAAGGAGGGAAUUAAGGAAACGUUGACUCGAAAGCGAACCUUUUCUCGGGUGCUUAGAGACGUGAUGUUUGAAGCAAUAUCGACUAAGAAGGCUCAUGAUAGGAAAAGCUUUAGUCAAGAUUCGUGUCAAUCAAGCCGUCGUCUGUCCGUAAGGUCUCAUGAUUCGAGUGAUGACAAAUCUGUGAAUCCGGUAUCUGUGGAUACUGAUACUGAUCAAGAAGUUAGAACAAAUUCUGGGUUGUCACAUUCAUCUUCCCCUGUGAACUCACCCAGGUCUUUGUCAGGCUUUGAAAAGAAGCCAGAGAAGGUUAAGAUGUGUUGCUCUAGUCUCCACUCUGGCAUAUGCUUGCUUGUCAUUAGCCUUAUGAUCACAAUCUUGUGGGGAAGGCUUUGUGCUAUUGUUUUCACGUCGAUCUGGGUAUACUCCGUGCCUCGCCAGCACGUGGGUUUUGGCAGUGAAGAAAGAGUGAUCAAGUUACCAAACAUCGAAUCAAGGGAGAACCAUAAAAAGGUGAUAAUGGAAGGGCUACUUGAAAGGAACCACCACAGAAGGCAUAAGUAAAUGACGUGACAAUCCUCUUUUUCGUGCCUGAUCAAUCUUUCUCUAUGGUUCUCUGGUUACCCAAUUAAAAGCAUUCUCAGAGCACGCGAGACAAAACCACAUCUGUUUCGUCUGCUGCGCUUUUUCAGAGACUUGGGAAGAAGAACAGGACAUUCUGUUCUUCGGUUACUUCCCAGCUUUUUCACGUUCGUUUUGUCUUUUUGUCUUCUUUUCUUUUAAUUUUACUUUUUUUUUUUUUUUUAAGAAUGGAAGAUGUAAAAACGAUUGUACAGAGCUUUUGGUUAUUUACCGACUGUCAUUUUUGUUUUGAAGUUGUUUGGGAUUGACCAGCAUAGAUUAGAUUGCCAGAGGUUAUCUAAAAAUCGGUGGCAGAUUGUGCCCCACUUUCACAUUAUGGUGACUGAAAAUGGCUAUGCUAAUGGAG